GUUACGAGCGGCAGCAACGCUGGGUUCGGGUGUACAGCUGGACGUGAUGGCCUCGUGGGCUGAGCGGCUGUCGGGCGUACGGGGGGUGCUGCUUGAUAUCUCCGGCGUGCUGUAUGACAGCGGCGCAGGCGGCGGAGCUGCUAUUGCAGGCUCUGUGGAGGCGGUGGCGAGACUGAAACGGUCCCCGUUGAAAGUGAGAUUCUGCACCAAUGAGUCCCAGAAGUCCCGGCGAGAGCUGGUGGGGGUGCUUCAGCGACUGGGGUUUGACAUCUCAGAAGGAGAGGUGACUGCCCCUGCGCCAGCCACCUGCCAGAUCCUGAAGGAGCGAGGCCUGCGGCCACACUUGCUCAUCCACGAAGGAAUCCGCUCAGAAUUCGAUGACAUUGAUAUGUCCAACCCAAACUGUGUGGUGAUUGCGGAUGCUGGGGAAGGCUUUUCCUAUCAGAAUAUGAACAGAGCCUUCCAAGUGCUGAUGGAGCUGGAAAACCCCGUGCUCAUAUCCCUGGGAAAAGGACGCUAUUACAAGGAGACCUCUGGCCUGAUGCUGGAUGUUGGAGGUUACAUGAAGGCGCUCGAGUAUGCCUGUGGUAUCGAGGCUGAAGUGGUGGGGAAACCCUCCCCUGAGUUCUUCAGGUCUGCUCUGCAAGCCAUAGGGGUGGAAGCCCACCAGGCCCUCAUGAUUGGCGAUGACAUCGUGGGUGACGUUGGCGGUGCCCAGCAGUGCGGAAUGAGAGCUCUGCAGGUGCGGACCGGGAAGUUCAGGCCUGGCGAUGAGCACCAUCCAGAAGUGAGGGCAGAUGGGUACGUGGACAACCUUGCAGAGGCCGUGGACCUGCUGCUGCAGCACGUGGACAAGUGACCAGCCUUCCGAGACAGUGGACGAGGGCACCUCCUGCUCCCAUACUCCAUCGCUGCACCCUCUUCCCAUAUAUUCCAGGCCCCAGGCUACCCAAGGCUUUGCCGAUCCUGACCUUUGCCCACUGCACUGGGCAGGUGCUGGAAGUUCUAGGAUGCUUGUCCCUGGGCCAGAGCCAGCCAUCCCCUUCCUCAGCCUCCCUCUACUGACUCCCUGUUAACAUUCCUCCCUCCCUAGAGUCUGGGCAGAGGUUUGUUCCCUGCCUUUAUGGCCUGCUCCCCUCCCUGGCACAUGCCAUGUUUCCCAUAGUGACAUUCAGGAAGAGACCUGUUAGGCCUCCAGAAAAUGAAACCCUCAGGCUGACAGGUCCCUCUGAGACUGUCUGAGUCUCUAAACUCCUUUAGCCACCUUUGGCACUUGGUCCUUUAAUUGGCACCAUUCAAUUGGAUCAUGCAUUGCCUCCUCAUUGAACUCUCUGAUGUGAGGGGCCUACAGAAAACCCAGAGCUGAGCCAGCCUGCCCACCACCCACAGCCCUAUCUGGCCUCAGUCAGAGUGACUGAUCAGACUCUGCCCCCUACCCCUGUCCUAGGAACCAAUGCCAGCCCACUGUUCUUCCUGUCCUCCUGAGUUACCCAGACACAGGCUGGGGCAGCUCUCAGGAAACUGAAGACCAGCCUCCCAUAGAGCAGAAAUGCCCACCUCUACAGUCAAGGUGCAGGCACAGAAAGUACCUUAGAGUCCAGAUGGACAGACUUGAAUGUGUUGUUUCCAGUGCACAGAGCGACCUAAUGGCUCAAUAAACUUGGCCUCAACAG